AUGGCCGCUAUAACAGCUCGGCCGGCCACCAUGGAAACGGCGAACCUUCACACCCCCGGUCGUGGGCAGCUCCGACAACAACGAUCCCAGCCACAAUCCCAGUCCCAGACCUCCCCCUCGUCGUCUGUUCCGGCAUCGCCCACGCUCUCCAACCCGGACAUGAUAUUGCCCGACGACCCGUACUACGGCCACGGCAACUCCCCCGACUCCGAGAUCGAUGCCCGCAUCAGGUCCAAGUUCAGGAUGUGGAAGAGUGCUCAGGCUGCUGUCACGGCCACUUCAGACUUGCACAAGAUGUUCGCCGUCAACUCGGCGCAACUGGGAUACGACCAGCAGCAAAACGGAUACGGAUCGUCGGCUCCUUUGACACCCACCACGCCCAUAAUAUACGGAAAUGGAACCAUCCUCUCGGAUAUCGGGGAAGUUACCGAGGUGGAGAGCACUAUCGGGCGACCCUCGCCAACUCGCCGCAGAGGUCCAGCUACGCAUAGGAGGAACGACAGUAUCGAUGCCGUGCUGCGGGCAACUUCACCCGUGACGGGCCAGUCGGGAUUGGCCAAGAGGCUGAAGCCUAGUUUGACCGCCCAAAAAGAGAGGAGGAUGAGCACCGAGAGUACCAGCACGAUAACAACCAUAACUAUGGAGGACCGACCAGCCUUCCUUGCCGACAUCAACAUAGAUGAUGCGGCUAGUGUAGAUGAUAGUGUUUUCCAGGGUGACGAUGAGGAAAGCAUGGCAUCCUCGUAUGUUGAGGGGACGAUACCUCGAGAUCGGAAUCGCUUGGGAGUUGUGGAAAGUGAAAAUGGUGACAGGCUGUCGACGUACUCGACGACUGCCUUGAGCCGAAGAGCAGAGGCGAUUCUGGCCAAUGCGAAGAAGAGGUUAACCACUAUGGAGGGUAACCUGAGCCGCGCGCGGAGUUCGCUUCACUACACUGCUCCCUCCCUUUCAUCCGAUGGCACACCCUCACCUCCUCAGCGAGCAGCGUCUGCCUCUAACCGAAUCACCGGGCACCGUUCAUCUUCGGCCAACUACUCUGGUCAUACGCGAAUGACUAGCGAUAUCGCGAUGCGGAACGGGUUGCCAUAUCGGAUAUCUAUCCAAAGGUCACAUAGUGCCAUGAGUUCUCACGGAGGAAAUAACAGGCAAUCAAUAACGGCGUCGAAAAGCGCAGAGGCCAUCCGAGGAGACUGGGAAGACGACGCCCACCGUCAGACGUACAAUAUACUAACGGGGAAGGCCCUGCGACCGGAUGGAACCGCUCCAGAUGACGAGAACGAGAGCCCCAUUCAUUCCUACCAUGGGACCGCUUACGGUAGUGACCAUAGUAGCGGAAGCUCGAGGGACAUACUUUCGACCCCCGCUCCGACGAGCCAAAUGCGAGACAUCAAACAUCAGAUGAAAGAUCUUAAGGGCAAAAUAUCUAGUCUACGGGAACAGGCUCGGGUCGAUAGCAUCAAGAGACGGAGCGUACAAAGCCUUAGGACGCCUAGCCCGUUCACCCAUGCUCAAGUCGAUCAAUGGUUUACUGAGACGCCCUCGGCCAGGAACUCGGAAAUCUUCACGCCUGAUACUCUGGAACGAAACCCAUGGAACGGCGAGCAAGACUCGAGUCUUGAUGGCGAGCACCCAGGAAGCUAUGGCCAUCUGCGAGGAAAUUUGGAUAGCGAAGAGGAUUCCUACGCGGAGGAGGAGGGCGAUAUAUCGGGCAGCUUCGAGUCAGCCAUCGACCAUUUCCCUGAACCGGCCUCGGCAACUGUUAACAAGAAAAUGUUUUUGGAAGAGGAAGACAACUAUGACGCAUUUACAGAAAACGGGGACGAGGAAUUCGAGGAUGCGCAAGAGCUGGAUGACGAUCAGAUGAGCAUUGGUGGCGAAUCGCUCUAUCACGAUACUGUUCAACACCAAGUCUCUCAUGAAGACCGUGAGGAUGCAUUUGAUUACGAACAUUUCUUCUUGCACAGCGCUAUGGGAACCCUGAGCCAACAACGCAUGGCCAGGCGAGGCAGUGAAACCAGCUACACGUCAGAGGACUCGGUCGAAACCACCCGUGGGCCUGUUACCGACGAAAACACACGGAUGAACGGUGGUGGCAGUGAUAGUAGGAGCAUCAACUUCCACUCUCGAAGCAGGCGAGGAAGCGUCAACUCAAUUUCGACCAUCGAAACAUUCCGAACGGCUCAAGAAGGGCGCCCCAGGAGAUGUUACAACGAAGCCGAUGAUGCCAUCAGCGAGGAGGUGUACGAAGAGUAUCCCUACGAGGACGAAUUCAACCCCGAGCUGGAGAGUACAAGCAAACGCAAAAGCGCCUCCUUCAGCGCCGGGACCGGUAACUCGAGGACCAACAGCCGUGCCCGCGGCUCAACAAUAUCAAACAUCAAAAGCUCCAGCACCGGCACCAUCUGCAGCAACCGCGAAUCGUACCUUUCGGUCCACGAAGGAGGAAGUGGUCCAGAUACUCAGCAGAACGACAACCGCAACAGUGGACUCUUCAUACGCCGGGGUGCGAUUUCAGCUGCCGCCAGCACUCCCACCCUCGAACACCGUCCUUCUGUCUCCUCCAUCGGCUCAGCUGGGAGUGGGACAAAUCGCAGUUUCCCCUUGGUGCCGAACAAGCAGCAGAACAGGGGGAAUACCGCCAGCACCGUUGUGCCGGCUACUAAUACCGCCGUUUCGACCCCCGAAACCGUUUACUUGACGCCGGACCAGGAGCUCAGGAGUAUCUCGAGUGUGCUGUUGAGCGAGACGGCGAGUGUAUCCGACCAACAGCAACAGGAACCGGAAUCGGAGAAUCAGAAUCAGAAUCAGCGAUCGGAUUCGAGCUUGACCAGCAACAGUAUUAGUCUCAACAAUCAUCCCAACAGCAACUCGGCGGCUCUGCAGGCUCUUUUGCGCGAGGAUAAGUACCUUGUCGAGAGACUGGUGGCCAGCCUGGGCAAGUGUGUGUUGGGAUUGACGGAGAAUGGGAGGGCCAGUGUGGAGAGUCGGAUGUACAGGCGGAGGAUCGAUAUGGCGAGGAAGAUUUUGGAAGGGUUUGAGGAUGGACAGCAGUAA